AUGAAGAACAAGAAGACUAACGGAUCCGUUUUUUCGUCGAACAGUGGCGCCGUGCUGAACUGCUGCGAUAACUCCGGUGCUCGCAACCUGUACAUCAUCUCCGUCAAGGGUAUCGGUGCCCGCCUGAACCGUCUCCCCGCUGCCGGUGUCGGAGACAUGGUCAUGGCCACCGUCAAGAAGGGAAAGCCCGAGCUCCGCAAGAAGGUUAUGCCCGCUGUCGUUGUCCGCCAGAGCAAGCCCUGGCGCCGCCCCGACGGUAUCUACCUGUACUUCGAGGACAACGCAGGUGUUAUCGUCAACGCCAAGGGUGAGAUGAAGGGUUCCGCCAUCACUGGUCCCGUCGGAAAGGAGGCUGCUGAGCUUUGGCCCCGUAUUGCCUCCAACUCCGGUGUCGUUAUGUAA